AAGUAAGUACGCGAGAAGGAAGAAGGCGAAGGAAAUAGGCGAGGCCGGAUUUUCUGUCGUCUCGCUUCCCAGCGCUCACGUGUCUCCUUGUUUACCUGCACAGCUGACGGGCGAAGGCGGCCGAGGGAAGUCGCUCCCUCCUUUUUCUCCUUUUCCAGUCAUGUUCGGCGGGGAGGAAGACUUUUUUGACGAUGAUGAUUUCUUGCAAGAUGUGUUGCAGAUUGAGACAGCUGGAGAGAGCUUUAAGACAAAUGAGUCUGUAUCUCAAAUCUUGUUAAAUGCAAGUUUUCAAGAUAAGAAAGUUUGUGAAGAAGUUUUAAAAAAACAGUUUGUUCCACAAAAAAAUGUAUGUGCCAGCAAGUAUGUAACUGAUGACAGUUUUGACUUUAGUGAUGAUUUUCCUUUUGAACUGGGUAAUGAAGGUACUGUCAGCGGCCAACUAUCACAGGGUGAUAACAUGCCACCAGAUUCUGCUUUUACAGCACCUCAACCAUCCUUAUCUCCUAGACAGCAUACAGAUGGAGAUAGUAGGUCUGUCAAUUCAAAUAAAAUUAGUGAUGGAAAUGUAGAUUUCAGAAGAAAAAUCCUCAAGACACUGAAUGAGACAAAAAAAUAUAAUCCUUUAUCACAAGACAGUUUCAGAACUAAGGUUCUCCUGGAAUCUGUGAAAAAUAACAGUAUGUCCACUUUGCGGUCAGAAAAGAGGAAGGUGCCACAUGACGUAUCUGAGGAUGACAUGACGUGUGCAUCCUUUAGCGGAAAAACUCAUAGUACAGAAAAUAAUGAAUUUACAUUGGUGCCACAAUCAUCAUUACCAGUGAAUGAUUACCAGCAAGCUAAAGGGAAGAAUUUUGCUCUAUCUUCCAUGCCCAUCAAACCAGAUGCACCCGUCAUAUGCACCAUCAGGAGCCCUGGGGGACCACUGAUUCAGAAAAGGAAGUUCCCAGGACCGGCAGGGAUCUUACCUGACCUGGGAUCCAGUGCAACAGAAUCCUCUGUACUAAAACUACAAAAGAAAGCUGCACCAGUUCCUGUGCCUCAGGAAGCGGUGUGUUCACAGAAUUCUGCAAAUGAUUUUACCAGUGGCCCAUGGCAGCAGAUGUUAGAUGACUUAGAAUUAGACCAGAAUAAUCCCAAAUGCCCUCUUGAAGUCUUCAACAUUAAAUGGGUUCUUCGAAGAGCAAGUUUGAGGGGUCAGGCUGCAGUGAGAAAAGUGCCCUUUUUAGCGGUUAUGCUACGGAAUCUAGAUGUGACUCAUGUUGAUGCCCAAGCUUUGCUGAGAGACAAAACAGGUGAAAUGAAUGCCACAAUUGCAAGUUCAGUGAUGGAGGAGUAUGGACCUGUGCUGCAAACAGGGUCUGUUCUGCUUCUGCGUGGGGUGACUGUUCUGUCUCCUGUUGGCGUAAGAACCACUUCGAGAGAACACCUACGGAAGCACUAUCUCAACAUUACUCUCAAUACUGUUGUUACCAUCUAUACUCCAGAUGAUUCUGGAAAUGUUGUCACAACACUGAUUAGUGAAGUAGACAAGAAUGAAUUAUAUAAUGAAGCAGCUGCUCCCAAAACUGCAGCCUGUUCAAGAGCAAUUGUGGAGGAGGAAGAGGAUGAAAUAAUGGAUAUGCCAUUGAAUAAUAAUCAAUCCCUUUUUUCCUUGAAUGACUCUAUAACUAGAAAUUCACCCCACCCCAAUCAAGUGUCCUUUAAUCAAAAACAAUUGCCAAAUUAUAGGUCUCCAAAAGUAGGCGGCAACAACUCAGCUCAGAAUUUCAGCCCAAGAGUGCAGAGCAAGAAUAAUUUAAGACUUGCUGUCAGUGAAAAUGGUCCAAGGUUGCAGUCUGGAGUCAGUUCAGUUUUGCCUGGCAUUACAAACUCUCCUCAGUCAAGAGGAUUUCAAUUCAGUCACCCAAGAGUAUCAGCUCCAGUCAGAAAUUAUUCUGCUAGACAUGAAAGACCACAGCUAAGAGCACAACAACCUCAGAACACCAGUUCAUCACAGAGAAAACCAUUCUUUUCCUUUAGGCCAACAGGACAGCAGGAUGCAACUUCAGCAUCUGGCAGAACAAGCAGUGAUCCCUGUGUUUUAUUUUUUAAUAGCAAUAACCAGAUCCAGGAAACUGAUGAAAAGGAAGUUAGAGAUCUGCUCAACAGUGUUGAUGCUGAAUCAUUGUUUGGAGAUUUUUGAUCAUAUAGUAUAAUGAGUUACUUGGUACUAGAAUCUAUUUUUUGUUUAAUUGUAAAUUUUGCAUGUAAUUUCAUGAGUUGCAGUUAAUUUUGUUUUGUUUUGCCAGGAAAUGAUAUAAAGAUACCCAUUACUAAUAUGAUAUUAUUGCAAAAUUUCUUGAUAUCUGUUAACAGGUAUACAUUGGGUCAAAUAUUU